AGGCUGGAGAGCUGGUGUUGCCAGUACUCAUUCCACGGCUUCUCAGACCAAGACCGAGUCAUCACCAUGCGUGCAGUUGUCAUCAUCGGUGUUGUGGUGCUGGCUACACUGCACCUUUCCAACUCUGUUAAGAAUGACAAAGCUCAGGACUUGACAGAGAGGACACAACAGUCUUCCAGGGACUUGCGUCAUGAUCACCAAGACUUCGGACUGUUGUUUUUCUGUAAUGGCAUAUCCGGCUGGCUCAAUACCACAGGAGCCGUCGUUAUAGCCGGGGUCAGCGCUAAUGUCACAGCUUGGACAGAUCAACAAGUGUUUGUCAACUUCCUCAACUCUCUGUGCAACUCUACUAAACUAAAUGGAAGCUUGGAGCCUAACAAUCCUGGGUCUGGGUUCAACCCCUUCGGUAACAGGCCCGGGUUUGGGUUCAGCCCCUUCGGUUACAGGCCAGGCAACAGACCAGGCAACAGACCAGGCAACAGACCAGGCAACAGACCCUUCAACGGACCUAAUCCUAUGACCCUUUUGUGUUCCCCGCUGAACAUCUUCCUUAACACCACAGGAAGUGUCAUCAUGCAGGGAGCCAGCACCAACGCUACACUACUCACAUCAGCACAGUUGUUGAUCAGUAUGUUUGAGGCUGCCUGCAACGUCACCAGAGGUGCCUUCAGUGUGUUAGGUUAAAAGGAGCCGCACGCUGGACCCAAGAGACAGUACGGAAGACACUACAGAUCUAACUUUUAUUGGGCCAGUGUUUCUCUCUGUGUAAACCUUGAUCUGGUAACUAUGGCUUGUCUUGAUUAAGCUCUACACAAAGCUAGAUUACUCGUUCUAUAGUCAAAGAUGUUUUUCUCUAAUGGCGACAAGUUUAUAAAUCACAGGUACUCCACCAGGACAUUCAUUAUUGGUUCAUUUCGCCAACCUGGAACUUUGACAUAAAUGUAAUGGCCAGCCAUAAGUCUAACAUAAGACUGAAGUUGAAUAUAUUUCCUUGAACGAAAUAUUUCCAUGAUAUAUGUCAGAGUGUUGUACCCGUGAAUUAUUUACACACUAGCUCCAUAGUCUGAGGCUGUAGAAUAAAUUGAAAUUUAUAUAAACGAAAUUAUGAUUUAAUCUUGAAUUCUCCUCCCGAUGAUGGUGAAUGUCACUAAAAUAUUAACAAUAAAAUUGAAAUCCAA